GCGGGGCCCUAAAGCCGCCCGACUCAAGAGGAUGGUGCGGCUGGCGGCCGAGCUGCUGCUGCUGCUGGGGCUGCUCCUGCUCACCUUGCACAUCACCGUACUGCGCGGCGGCGGCGGAGAGCCGCAGGGCCCCGCGGGCGCCGCCAACCACAGCCAGCGGCAGGUGAGUGCCAACAUGCUCACUGCAGAUGACCAUUCUCCUGAAGACAGCUUUAGCCUGAACCCCGAGGACAGAAGAGAAUACCCCGAUCUCCAGGCUGCCCACCGGCCAUUCCCUAAGCAACGAUUCAGGCAGGAAAAUGGGCAUACAUCCUUACAAAGAGAUGGACCUAGAUCUUUUCUCCUGGAUCUCCCAAACUUCCCUGACCUGUCAAAAGCAGAUAUCAACGGGCAGAAUCCCAACAUUCAGGUUACCAUUGAAGUGGUGGAUGGCCCAGACACAGAAACUGACAAGGACCUUCAGAAAGAGAACAGCAAGCCCAGCUGGCCAGUCUCAUCACCUGUCUGGAGAAACUGGUGGCAGAGGUCCUCCACCUUGACUCGCAUGAGCAGUGGUGACCAGGACUAUAAGUAUGACAGCACUACUGAGGACAGCAACUUCCUGAACCCUCUCGGUGGGUGGGAUGGUCAUGCACCCAGUCACCGGACAUUUGAGUCCAAGGAGCAGUCAGAGUAUGACUACAUUGAUGGUGAUGGAGACUGGAGCCCAUGGUCCCUUUGUAGCGUCACCUGUGGGAGCGGCAGUCAGAAGCGGACGAGGUCCUGUGGGUAUGCCUGUACUGCCACCGAGUCACGGACCUGCGACAGGCCAAACUGCCCAGGGAUCGAAGAUACCUUCCGGACAGCAGCCACAGAAGUGAGCUUUCUAGCUGGGAGUGAAGACUUCAAUGCUACCAAACUGUUUGAAGUUGAUACUGAUAGCUGUGAAAGAUGGAUGAGCUGCAAAAGUGAGUUCUUGAAGAAAUAUAUGCACAAAGUGGUCAAUGAUCUUCCCAGCUGCCCAUGCUCCUACCCCAGAGAAGUUGCUUACAGCACUGCUGACAUCUAUGAUCGAAUUAAGAGAAAAAACUUCCGCUGGAAAGAUGCAAGUGGUCCAAAGGAAAAACUGGAGAUCUAUAAGCCCACUGCACGGUACUGCAUCCGCUCCAUGCUCUCUUUGGAGAGCACAACACUGGCAGCUCAGCACUGCUGUUAUGAUGAUAACAUGCAGCUGAUUACCAGAGGGAAAGGGGCAGGUACACCAAACCUGAUCAGCAUUGAAUUUUCAGCAGAACUCCAUUACAAAGUGGACAUUCUGCCCUGGAUUAUAUGCAAAGGUGACUGGAGCCGAUACAACGAAGCACGGCCUCCGAACAAUGGGCAGAAGUGCACAGAAAACCCUACAGAUGAAGACUAUUACAAGCAAUUUCAAGAAGCAAGGGAAUACUGAAGAGGUUUUCUUCCUCUUCAGACAGAAAAUAGCAUUCAUUUCCUGGAUGCCAAAGAACUGAUAACUGCUGCUGCACUAUCUUCUUGACAGGCGCUGAUCAGUUUCUUUCUAAUGAAUGUGUAUAGUUGUAAUAUAAUACAUAACUAUUUUCAUAGUGUGUGUAAUUUAUAAGCACAUAUCUCUCUAUCUCACACACACCUAUUUUUACAUACAGACAUACAUAAAACUUGUCCCAGUAAGAUUUUAUACUACAAUAACGUUCAUUUAAUAAUGUGCAUUUUGCUUUAUUCACCAACUAUAAUAUGUGAGAUGGGGGAGCAGGAGGUAGGGGUGCAGCUGCCAUCACCAUCAGGACCAAGACCCCAGCUGAAGAGGGCGCACAUUUAAAAGUUAUUAGGAAGAACAGGGUUGAAAAACAUACUCUUCCAUCUGGGAAUGGUUUACAAGAUUAAUGCAUCUACAGCAUUACUUUUCUCUCUAAGUGAUUUGAUGACUAAUGAGAAAGGAAAAAGAAAGGAAAAUUGUUGUGGGUUUUUUUUGGGUUUUUUUUUUUUGGAAUUGACUAUAAACCCUCACUAGCAAGUGGAAUUCUGUUAACUUCUAGGCCAGGUCCUCACUACCAACCUGGGGCAGGCCUGCAGUGAGGGAAAGUUGUGGUUUUCCCAGAAUCAGUCCCAGGGCCAUGGUCCCACAGCUCCAGGUAUGUAACUACAGCUGGCAGGGCCAGCGUCUUACAGUGGGGAGCAGAUCUUCAGGGCCGCUACCCAUAAGCUAAGCGUGCUAUAGGUUGUUGGAGGAGUGAAGCCUGAUGUUUAAACAUAAAGAGUGUUUAUUUUUUCCAUGAUAGGAAAAAUUGGAAUACACAUUUCUAAGUAAGUUCCCUCAGAUAGAGCGUGCACCCAGCUUUUUUCUUCCCUCUUUAUCAUAUGCUGAGGGCACAGUAUCCUACAGAAGAAGCUGUUCCUUCAUGAAGCUAUCUGGGAGGAACUACGUUGAGUUAAAACUUUUUUUUCCCCCAAAAAAAGUUAGCAUUAUUUUUGUAAAGUAUUUAUUGAAUUAUAACAAUAGCUCACACAUGGGAUGUGUCUCUAACAUGAAAGGCUUCAGUAGAUGGAACGCGAUCGCAAGAAUGACGGUUGUUAGGCAGAGAUUUACUUCCACAUUUUUAUAAAGCACAUGUUUACAGACAUGACCCUGUAAAGAAGCAACUGAUACCUGCAUUUUUAUGAAAGAUAAAAAUUACACCAUGGGUAAAUAAAUAUUUACAGUUCCAUCCCAUACAAGUUUGUCUUGCUGCACACCAGUAAUACUUUCAUUUGGAGAACUCACUAGAGAGCUAAACCUCACUAGAGACAUGUGACAUGUAUUUUCAUAUUGCAUGCUCUGAUGGCUGUAUGAACUCUGCAGCUGGAACCGCACACAGCAGUAAAGCCAAUCUUGCAUUACAGUCACUAUUUCUUAGCUAAAAGACUCAAGACAGCCACAAAAGACAACUCCUCUCCCUCUAUAUGUGAACACAUGCAUACAUACUGUAAAUCUCUGCACUAGCUCUGCAGGCCUUUCAGGUACAAGCUGAUUGCAACUUCCUGGGCAGACAUAUGCUUCUCUUCCCAGCAUUACCUUGUAUGUAAGAAGUCUACUGAGUGCAGGAAGCAUCAGGAUGGUGGCCAUCUGCCCAGGUGUCACAACUCAGAGGGCUAAAAAGCAGCCCAGGCCUCAAACACCCACACUGACCAAAGGUGCAGGGUGUGCACUGCAAAACUACUCUCGGUCUGCCAGAUCUACUUUGAUAAGCUGCAAAGCCAUAGCACUGCACUUAUGCUCCAGAUAUCCAGAAACACAGCAGCCCAGACAAAGCUACAGCCUACACGCAACAACUGAGGUACCGAGGUAACUGCACCAGCUGGGAAUCUUGGCCAAGCCAUCAGAUCUCCCCCCACACAGGCUCAAGCUGGAGAUCCAGGGAGACAUGGCUAUGUUCUAGCACUAACUGGUAGCAAUGCAACACGCCUAGUUGAGCAAGAGGGUAAACAUGGGGAUUGCCUCUUAAUUUUUAUAGGAACCAGGUUUUGUAAAUUCUUGCAAGGAUGUAUGAAGGAGCCCUUAGCUAACUGAGCCAGUUAAAUUGAUAGCAGAUGGAUGAAAAGCAAAAGCAACUCCAGGAUCAGUCACUUGCUAGGGAAGGCAGGUAUUUUCUGCAAUAUGGCAGUAAAGACCCUGCUUUUUACUUCACUUCACUUUGUGGGGGAACAACAAGCUCAGGUUUCUCUGGGAGGGCAAUGAGAGGGCACUCACAAUUCUUGAAAUAUAAAACAUCCCUGCAUUUUAGAGAUUAGUAAAUUAUGGUGCUUUUGAGAGAAGUUACUGUACCACUGAAACCAAAUGUAACGAAUAAAGUGUCAAGGAAGAGGACAAAUUAUUGUACUAAAUGAAAUGAUGCACAGCAUUUCCCACUCCCAUUUUGCCAAGGCUGGAAGCACUACAGGACUGAAACUGCUGAUA